AUGGCCAACAAACAAUUACCGUUGACCAGAGCAUCUGCAGACCUCGACAUUAAAGUCCGGGGGAUAUUAGCAGAAUACCACUCUGAACUAAAUGAUGAAAGCCAGAAAGAUAAAAACCAAGAAAAAGAAAGGCCAGAAAGAUGGAAAAACCAGAAAGAUGAAAGCCAGAAAGAUGAAAGCCAGAAAGAUAAAAACCAGAAAGAUGAAAGCCAGAAAGAUGAAAGCCAGAAAGAUCAAAACCAGAAAGAUGAAAGCCAGAAAGAUGAAAGCCAGAAAGAUGAAAGCCAGAAAGAUAAAAGCCAGAAAGAUGAAAGCCAGAAAGAUAAAAACCAGAAAGAUGAAAGCCAGAAAGAUGAAAACCAGAAAGAUGAAAGCCAGAAAGAUGAAAGCCAGAAAGAUAAAAACCAGAAAGAUGAAAGCCAGAAAGAUGAAAAGCCAGAAAGAUAA